AAAAAGACUGACGGCCACAUAACGGGCUUUUUUUACACACCACACACCGACACAGCCGAGCAUCUGCCUUAUCGAUUACUCGCGAGCGAGAUCGAUCGGUUACUGACACGACUUGCGCGCGCGCGAGGAGGAAAGUACACGAACGUGAGUACAUGGAUAAUCGCGCGUGGGCGACGAGGUUUAAUUGUUAUACAGGCGCGCCUACGAUUACCGAUCCUCGCUUUCACUCUGUCGCGCUCGCCUGUACGGGAUGAAUCAGGUAUGCCGAUUCCUCCGGUGUUUACAUUUUUUUACCGCUACAGCUGCAGGGAGCAUGCGAAUUGGCGAGGCGAAAAAAAAGAAAGCGUCGGAAAAAAUGAAGACGAUAAGCGUGAAAGAUUAAUGGCGCUAUACGCGCAUAAUAAGCGAUCAUUGAAUAUCAUAUCGGCGGAUGAUCGGCAAAAGGUGUCGGCGGCGGGAGAGCGCCUGCGGAUUGUGUUUACACGCGCGUGCCGAUAGUGAUAGAUGCCUUGAAAGGAUGCUAAUUUGCUAGCCGCUCGAUGCAGCGGCAUGUCCGCGUCGGAUAAUCCAGUAGAUUGAGCGAGAUUAACGCCCUCGUCUGUUAUAACGCCAAUUAGCCGUGGAAGAUCGUACACACUGGCGGAUGACUCGGCAGGAUAUUCCCAAAAAACGUGUUAAUCUCAGCAGCAGCAGCAGCAGCAGCAGAGCAGCGGCACAAGCUCUCUCAAGAAAGAGGAAAAAAGGAGAGAGGGCCGGUACAGUGUGUCUCUCCCGGGCACAUCACACCGCGGCAGGGCAGGGGGAAGAGAAGCACGCGACUGGCCGAAGUCUCUCUCUCUCUCUCUCUCUCUCUCUCUCUCUCUCUCACUCACUCACUCCGUUCGCCGGCUAUAUGCACGCUCUACCACUCAGUCGGCCCGCCGACGAGCUCGGCAAAGCAGCCUCCGACGCGCUCGCGAACGGAACGAACCGCCGCUGCUGCAUAAGACACGUGCUUACUGCUGCUCUGUUACAAUAAUAAAUGGCGCGCGUGAAUCGGCCGAGGCCGCGAGUGCGCUGAGCUCUACCCGGAGGAGCGGGACGCGGUGUACACUACGAGGACACCCGAUAUAUUCCAAUCGAUCUAUAUCGUCGUUGAGAGAAAAGUCGGUAGUAUAACGAUAUAAUGAUGGAAGUGAUAAGGGUGUCGGGCCAGGCGCCCGAUAUCGGCGACUUUCUCAGGGAGGCUAUGCUGUCGCAGAGGUUCGCCGACGUCGCCCUCUGCUGUCCCGGUGGACAGAAGUUUCUCGCUCACCGACUGGUCCUCUCCGCCGCUAGUCCUUAUCUGCAGGAAGUCCUGCUGGCGCACAGCAAGUCGAGCAACUACUGCGAGCCGAUCACGGUCAUCCUCGCGGACAUCGAGGGCCCGGAACUGGCAGCACUGCUCGGUUUCGUCUACACGGGCAGCGCGACGGUGCCGCGGGCUCGACUCGAGGCUUUCCUGCGGGCCGCGGAGGCUCUGCGGAUCCGCCUGCCCACGGCACCGCCGGAACUCCAGCAUCACGACGACGUGAAGGACGUGAAGCUGGGGCUCAACCCCCUGCCCUACCUCCACUGCGAACAAUACCCGGGUAGCUGGAAGCAGCAGCAGCAGCAGCAGCGGCAACAGGUCACGUCGACGCCGGAUCGACAGCUCGACGCGCUGGAGCUGAGGAUGUGGGCCGAGGCUGCGGCUGCCGCUGCCCAUCAUCACUCCAGGCAACUGCCGUACUACCAGCCGACGGAGCCGCUGCCGAGUCUGGUGGCUCCGAUGCCGGUGGUGACCGCGCAGUCCUCCUGGGACAAGAGGCCGCUGACGACGACGACUACGACGACGGAGUCGUAUCCGCUGGGGGAGGACUUGUCCUGCAGGGAGAACUGCUGCAAGUGGAGAAUGCAGACCAGGAGGCCCGUGGCUAACCAGGUCACGGCGUCGCCCUGGAGGCAGAUCCUCAGGCCACAUCACUCGCCGAAGGUUCCGCCGAUCGUUGUGCAGAGUCAUUCCGAGCCUGUCGAGCAGAUGCCGGUGGACGUGACGAUUCCGAGCCAGCAAGCGGACCUCUACCGUGGAUCGGUGGUGUCCCCCUGCACCGCCUCCGGAUGCUGCAGUCUCUCCCCGCAGCCGCUGAUCUCGAAGGAACCAGCACUACCACCAGCAGUGGUGCACCCGAGCGGCUUCUACCAAGUUCCUAACCCUCGGCCGACGAGCGCCGAUUACUACGCCCGGGCGCCGAGUCUGCCGCCCCCGCCCCCGUUCCCCGAACCACCCCCGAGUCUACCCGCCGUGGUUCCUCCGCCACCCCGAUGCGUCCCUUUCGUCCCGGAGCAGAAGCUUCCCGUCGUCCAGAGCAAGAAACCCGAGCUGUCGCUACCGGUCAGUCGACUCUGCGACUCCCUCGAGUCCAAGGACGAAGCGAGGACUCUUCCCGUUAAACCCGAGCCUCGGAUCAGGCCGAGCGUCCUGCCCGUGCUAGCACAUCAGGAGAAGAGCCUACCGCACGGCUUCGCUCUGGUCAGCGACGACAACAACAACAACUCGAGCAUCGGUCCCGAGCAGCAGCGGAGCAGAGGGAGCAGCGCAACGGCGCAGACAAACGAGGAGCACAAGUGCGGCCAGUGCUCCAAAACUUUCGUCACCAGGGCCUCGCUCAAGGUCCACCUGCGCACCCACUCGGGCGAGAAGCCGUUCCGCUGCCUCGACUGCGGCAAGCAGUUCUCCCAGCUGCGCAACUACAAGUACCACCGCUCGGUGCACGAGGGCACCCGCGAGUUCGCGGCCAGCUGUCCCGAGUGCGGCAAGUACUUCAACGACCGGGGCUACCUCAGCAGCCACAUGAAGAUCCACCGCAACCGCAAGGAGUACGCCUGCGCCGAGUGCGGCAAGAGCUUCAACCAGCGGGUCGCCUACAACAUGCACGUGCGCAUACACACGGGCCUGAAGCCCCACCAGUGCGAGCAGUGCGGCAAGGCCUUCUCCAGGAAGAUGCUGCUCAAGCAGCACCUCAGAACCCACUCGGGCGAGCGGCCCUACCAGUGCCAGGUCUGUCACAAGGCCUUCGCCGACAGAUCCAACAUGACCCUGCACACGAGGCUGCACUCGGGCCUGAAGCCCUACCAGUGCACCCUCUGCUCCAAGGCCUUCACCAAGAAGCACCACCUCAAGACGCACCUGAACUACCACACCGGCACCAAGCCCUACUCAUGUCCCAACUGCAGCCUGAGAUUCUCCCAGAGCAGCAACAUGCGCACCCACUACAAGAAGUGCGCGCUGAACAAUCCAAACGGCGUCGCGGCCGCCGCCGUCGCCGCCGCCGCCGCCGCCGCCGGAGCGACGGACGACAAGCAGCCGGCGAAGCAGUCCCAGCAGCCGGCAGGUUCGGCUGUGCAGCCGCCGGCGUUGACGCCUCCCAACUCCGACCAGGAGUCCAGCAACAAUACCGUCCAGCAGCCACAGCAGCAGCAGAUCGUCAAGGUCUGAUGAGCUGUGGCAGAGAUCGAUCGAGAUUAUAGUUUUACCGACGAUGAUAUUUUUUAUUGUAUAUUACAACGACGACGACGAUGUACGAUACAAUGCAGAUGUUAAUAUAUUGAAUACACAUUCCCGCGCCGAGCUCGCCGAGCGACUCGAGAGUGAUAUACACAAGUCUAUUAAAUUAUACGAAAUAAACAUUUAUGAAAACGUUCGUACA